ACAAAUUAUGUCCGUGAAAAUACUGCUACUAACAGAAUACGCAAUUCAUUUAAACCAACAAUGACUGAAGAAAUAUGACACAAAAAAAAUCUAAAUUGAAUAUAAACUGUUGGUUAAUUCCAUCUCAAAUCAUCCAAUUUUUACAUUUCUGCUUGAUCGAAUUUUUUCAAAAGCAUAAAAGAUGGAUAUAUCUCUCCAUAUAUAUAUAUAUGGACUGAGAUCAUAUGCACAUGGCUUUAAGUGAACAUCCUAAACCUGAUCUAUUUUGCUUUUGGGUACAAAAUAGCUACCUCGUAAUAAAUUAAGAUAUCUGCCUUCGCAAAAUCAGCAUACAAAUUACAGUAAUAUCAAAAAAUGGUCAGCAGGUCAUGGUAGGGACUCCAUCUGCCAACAACACGUGUAAAAUUUGGUUUAGCAACUAAUCAAUAAAAGACACGGAAAAGGACAUUGUUUCACCUCUGAACAAUAUGUGCACUAUUUGUUCUGAAAUACAACUAUGCAAACAGUUACAGUGCAAAAUAUCUAUAAAAAAGAUAUAGUUCAGGGCUCCAGACUGACUUUUUUACGAGGAGCACAGUGGCCCCUAACUUAAAAUUUUAGGAGCGCAAGCAGAAAAUUAAGGGGCGUACACCAACAUCAACUUGCAAAGUAAACAUUCACAUUUCCUCUCAUUUUAACUGUAUUACUGAUAAAUACUUGCACAGUAAAUGCGGAAACUAUGUUUUCAAUUAACAUUUCACUGUGCAGCACUUGACAAAACAUAACAAGAAAAGCACUCAGAGUGCAGUAUUCGCCAAGGCUACUCAGUUGACGUAUCAUUUCCAAUGGAUGAAAUCUGUAAUAAAAAUGACCUUGUGCUGAGUACAGGCAUGUGUUAUGCAUGUGCACGUUAUGUAUUUAUACCGAAUCGCGUGUAAAUUACUCUUAUAAAUGUCUGUUGAUCAGUUCAUCAAUUUUGGCAAGCCUUUGUUUUGCUUGUGCCAAAAUAACCGUUCCCUUCAGGCUUUUAUUUUGAAGGCGUAUUUUUAAGGCUACGGGCUUUUAUUUUGUGACCAUUCCAGCAGCACAGGAAGUGUUUCUCUAAGGAGAGGUUUCUUGGCAUGACGAAGACGCUGCUGAAAACUCUGAAAAUUCACAUAAAGCUGUCUAGCAAAGGAUGUGUCUAAACUUAGAAUAAGCUGGAAUGGAGACAAGAAAGGAGACUUCAACCUUCUGCCUGUGAGAAACUCUGCCUUGCUCCGCCUCUGCUCCCCCUCCCCCUCCUUGUUCUGGGGGAAGGCGGGUGCAGCUAGCAACACGUGUGUUGUUAGCUGCUGUUGUUUUGAAAGUGGAGGAGAGAAGGAAUCAUGGCGAGCGGCAACGAGACGGAGACACCAAAGUUUGAAAACGCACCACCUUCGUACAGAUCAACUGUGUGGCAGCACUUUGGGUUUGCUAUCGAUUAUAAUGACCAGGGGAAGAAAAUGGUGAAUAAAAGUAAAACUGUGUGCAAGCAUUGCCUCGCAAGUGAGCCGAACAUAACCGGCAACACCUCCAACAUGAGCAGCCAUCUCCGGCGUCAUCACCCGGAUAAGCUGUCUGCGAGCGGGACAGACAUGGAGACAGACAAGGUAACACGGCCAAAAUGUCAGAGUAUUGCCGACGCCUUUCAGAAGAACUAUAGCUUCGCCUCUGAUAAACACAAGAAAAUCACGCAUGCUGUUGGGACAUUCAUUGCCAAAGCGUUGCAGCCUUACUCUGUGGUUGAGAAUGAGGGCUUUCAUUACCUCAUGAAAACAAUAGAUCCCCAUUAUGAAAUCCCCUCUCGUACAUACUUUACGCAGACUGUCAUCCCUGCUAUUUACGACCAAGUCUGGCAAAACAUUGUUGACGAAUUGGCUGCAACAAACAAUAUCGCUUUGACUACAGACAGCUGGACUUCUCAGGCAACGGAGAGCUACCUUACGGUAACAGUGCAUUAUAUUUUGGACUCUGACUGGCAGAUUAAGACCGCUGUACUACAAACUCGUCCCAUGUAUGAGAGUCAUACAAGCGCAAAUUUGUCAGAAGAACUAAAACAUGCUGUGACAGAGUGGAAAUUAAACAGGGAUAAUGCGACAAUACCAGUCACUACAGAUAACGCAGCCAACAUUGUGAAUGCAAUACGUGAGACAGAGGGACUCGGGCCACAAAUAGGCUGCUUUGCCCAUGUGGUAAACCUCGCAGCUAAGAAAGUUACUGCAAUCAGUAGUGUGUCCCGCCUACUAGGAAAGAUCAGAAAAGUAGUCGCUUUUUUUCACAAGAGCACUACAGCCAACAACACACUGAGAGCAAAACAAGAGAUGCUAAACUUGCCCCGUCACAAAUUAAUCCAUGACGUCCAGACUCGGUGGAACUCAACUCAUGAUAUGCUAGAAAGAUAUGUUGAACAGCAGGCAGCAGUCUGCUCAGCAUGACAAAAAUCUCAGGACUGUUAACAAAACUGUGGCUAUGCUGUCUGAUGAUGAGCAAAAACCAUUCAAAACAGUCACCUCUCUGAUGAGCAGUGAAAUGACCCCAACAACAUCGAUGAUCCUUCCACUCAAAGAACAACUCAUUAAAUCCAUGGACCACCUGGUUGGGGACAGUCCAACAGCUACAGAGGCAAAAAAAAGGCGAUUGCAAAAGAUCUGGAAAGUCGGUACACGGACUCAAAGCUCAUAAGUUACCUUCAAAAAUCUACAGCCCUGGAUCCCAGAUUCAAAUCCCUUCCUUCUCUUGAUGAGGCAGCUAAGCUCCAAGUCUACAGGGAUCUCACCAGGGACAUUCUAGAGAAGGACUAUCCAGAGAAAAGACCACCCACUGAGGAGGAGCCUGCAGCCUCAGAUUUACAGGUCAUCCAGCGUCAAGACCAUCCACUGAACAGGAACCUGCAGCACCUCCAGCCACCUCCACCAAAGAAAACAGCCAUGGAAAAACUGUUAGGAGAGGUUUUUCAACACAAUGAACAACAGAACAAGUCCUUUUCUGAUACUGUGGAAGAAAAGGUCAAUGCAUACAGAUUGGCACCGAGCAUUCAUGUUGAUCCUUUCAAACGGUGGAAGAUGAAUGAGUCCAGCUUUCCUCAUCUCUGAAAACUUGCACGUCGUCACCUCUGUGUACCGAGAACUUCUGUUGCUAGUGAGAGAAUUUUCUCCACAGCAGGAGUUAUAGUUGAAGCAUCCCGCUCUCGUCUUGCUGCACACAAUGUUGAUAAGCUCAUUUUUCUGCAGAAAAAUCUAAAAAUACAAUAGACCACUGAUUGUUUUUUUUUUGUUCAGGUUGACAGACAUUACCAGCCAGCUAAAAAGUUAUGUGGAGUGUUAACUUGUAGUGGAGACUUUCAUGGACUGAAAGACUUUCAGGUGCUUUAAUGGUUUUUGAAGUUACAUUUAUAUUAUUGUUCUGAGCACUUUAGUAUUUUCCAAGGUCUAUAAAGGCUAAGUACUUGAAUUUUUUGCACUAGACUGUAUUUCGACACAGUACAGCAGGUAGUGUAAUUCUGUUGCUCAUUGGUAAAAUAAAAAAAUGUUUUAUUUGAAAAAA